CUGCAUUAGAAGCUUACAUUUAUGCUAAGCUUUUUUUGGCUACUGAUUGUUGUAGAGUGAAGAUGGAGAUAUUAUUGAUUGCAUAGACAUAAACAAGCAACCGGCAUUCGAUCAUCCUGCCCUAAAGCAUCACAAAAUUCAGAUGACCCCAACUUACAACGCAACAAAGGAGACAUCAGAAGGAACAAGAUCCACAAGUAAAACCAGGACCAAGAUGAAGCGGAGGACUGAAGAGUCUCCCAUUACAGAAAUUUCCCAGAUAUGGCAGAAAAGUGGGACAUGUCCAGAAGGAACAGUACCUGUGAGAAGAAUACGAAAGAGAGAACUACUUAAGGCUCAUUCCAUUGAAGACUAUGGAAGGAAAAAGGCCAGCUUUUCUCAACCUCAGAAUCUCGAUUCUUCAGUGCAACAAAAAAACCACUCUAAGGCAAUAUUGUUCACACUGGGACAUCGCUACUUGGGAGGUAAAGGAGACAUCAGAGUAUUCAAUCCUUAUGUUGAGACUGACGAUGAGUACAGCACAUCCCAAGUCUCCCUCAUAAACGGUGCUUACAAUGACUAUGAAUUAAUUGAAGCCGGAUGGGCGGUAAACCCGAGUGUGUAUGGAGACAGACAGACUCGGUUAUUUGCAUACUGGACGGUUGAUGGUUCAAUCAAAACAGGUUGCUUCGAUCUAACGUGUCCUGGGUUUGUUCAAACAAGUAAUGAGAUUGCCUUGGGAGCUGCAUUUCAUCUAAAAUCCGUACCAGGUGAUCUGACAUAUCAGAUUACUAUCUACAUCUACAAAGAUACGUACACAAACAAAUGGUGGUUACAGUACAAUGAGGAGAAGAACAUAGGUUAUUGGCCACCAGAGCUAUUCUCAGCAAUGAAGUCAAAUGCAGAAUCAGUGGAAUGGGGAGGUGAAGUUUACAGCACAAGGGUAGGGACGAGUCCUCAUACAGGAACGCAAAUGGGUAGUGGCCAGUUUCCUGGUCCACUGUUUUAUGCCUGUGGUGCAGUAACAAGAAUGAGAAUUCAUGACAAUUAUCCAAGCUUGAAAUCUCCAGCUUAUGUUCAAACUUUCACGGACGAGUAUUUCUGUUAUGAUGCUCGCUACGUGGGAGAUUAUGUGGAAGAUCCUGAGUUCUACUAUGGAGGACCUGGCAGAAACCCCAUGUGCCCUUAAAGCCAGGCUUAUACAAAUUUCUGUUUCAUUUCAUAGUACUACUGCGAAGUAUGAUUUAGUUCCUAGGUUAAGUCUUUUAAUUUGUUAGCUUG